UCGGAGAGCACAAAUAAGCGAGCAGCUCUUGUUUCAUUAAAAAUUGAAAAUUUAUUACAAUUAUUUACGUGUACUCAUGAAAUUGCUAAGUAUUUAAACUAAAUUAAUCUUAAGAUGUUUCCGGCAAGUUCGCAGAAAAAGUUCUGGCUCUUCAAUGAUGAAAAUGAUCUUUCAACCCUUCGAGAAGAGGCAAAUGCUGAAUUUAUUGCAAAGCACGGAGCGGAUGUGUCGGGAGAUAAGAGAGAAAAACAUUUUUUAUCCGUGGCAGAGGAGAGAAUACUUCAAAGGUUUUACGAGUCGCAGCUCAAAGAGUUUUGCAAAAGGUUUACACCACCCAUGCCAAAGUCAACUAUUGCCACAGCUCUACACUACUUCAAAAGAUUUUACCUGAGGAACAGUGUUAUGGAUUAUCAUCCAAAAGAAAUUUUAGUCACUUGUGUGUACUUAGCUUGCAAGGUCGAAGAAUUCAACGUUUCCAUAUCACAGUUUGUUGCCAAUAUUAUGGGAGACCGGGAAAAAGCUUCCGAUAUUAUUAUAAAUAAUGAACUUUUGUUAAUGCAACAGCUGAACUAUAAUUUGACAGUUCACAAUCCAUUUAGACCUGUUGAAGGACUUUUAAUUGAUAUUAAGACUAGGUACACAUCUAUAAAAAAUUCCGAAAUUUUGAGACCUCAUAUUGACGACUUUUUAGAAAAAGUAUUUUUGACCGACAGCGUCUUACUUUAUGCUCCAAGUCAAAUUGCUUUAGCGGCCACAUUGCAUGCUGCUUCAAGUGUGAAUGCAAAUCUAGACAACUACGUUACAGAUAUUUUAUUUUCCAGAGAACAUUUAGCAGCGAUUGUUGAGGCUGUGAGAAAAAUAAGGUCAAUGGCCAAAUUAGUAGAAAUGCCCCAGAGAGAACUGGUAAAGAAAUUAGAAAAAAAACUAGAAAAUUGUAGAAAUCAAGAUAAUAAUCCUGACAGUGAAGUGUAUAAGCGAAGGAUGCAGGAAAUGAUAGACGAAGAAGAUUUUUUAGAUAACCAAAAGUAUGCACAAAUUGUCAAGAGUCAAGCUGCUAACGAUGAAAAAAUUUUAGGAGUUACGAAAGUACAGUCUCCGGGUGCUUUGUAA